UCAUGUAGCGUUAGUGUUGAUCUUUCUACUGCAAGAGAUGAGACUUACUCUUUUGGUGAUUUUUGUAGACUUUGUGGUCCCCAUGGGCACCUCAACAGUAGACGAUGUUAACAGACUGCUUGCCAGAGCAAAGUCUUCUAAUUAUAACAAAAGGAUCCGACCAUUGAAGAAUCAAACAAACGCUAUAGAAGUAAAACUUGGUUUAAUUCUGCAUAGUAUACUAGAUUUCGACAUACCGAAGGAGGCAUUAUCCACUUCCGUGCAACUACAGGUUCAUUGGCAAGACGAGUUACUUGCUUGGGAAAAAGACGACUACGGCGGCAUAGAGGAAAUGCUUUUUCCACAAGAUGAUAUUUGGAAGCCAGAUCUACGUCUGAAUAACUCUUACAAAUCCUUCACGGGAUUUGGAUCUGCCGACCUAUCUCUAUGGGUGUCGAAUGAUGGCAACGUCAGCUGGUUCCCCAUUCAAGUACUGGACUCACAGUGUUCCGUAGAGACCUCCAGAUUCCCACAUGAUACGCAGACCUGCAGUCUGUUCUUUGAGUCGGCGUGUUAUCCCGAAUCGCAAUUGAAGUUAUUGAGAAGUGAAGGUGGCAAAGAGGUUACGUAUUAUCAACAAAACAGCGCAUGGUAUUUAAAAUCCAAUUAUACAGUUGAGCACGAACCUGGUGCGGUUGAAUUCAAGCUUGAACUCGAACGUAGACCAAGCUACUACAUGAUCCACAUUUUCGGUCCGAUAAUCGUCGUCUCGAUCCUGGGUCCCUUUACAUUCCUGCUUCCCGCGGACAGUGGCAGCCGAAUCAGCUUUGCCAGUACGUUAUUUUUAACAUUUGGCGUGUGCCUUACCAGGGUCGCAUCCGAAAUUCCCAAAAAUUGCGAAGACACACCUCGCGCGUCUCACUGCAUUUUGGCUCUUUCAAUUUGCCACGCUCUGAUUAUCCUCAUAAGCCUUGUGCAACGCUUUGUGAUGAUGUUGAAAAAGAAAAACAAAUCUGGGAUCGAAAACGAAUCGACGGAUUCGAUGUUGGAAAAAGGAAAAGAAAGAAACAAAUCUAAGAACAAAAAGAAGGAAAAGAAAGAAAGAAAUCUAAGAACAAAAAGAGGUUGCUAUUUUAUGAGAGGUUUAAUGUGUGAUGCCUCGCUGUUUAUUUUGUCCGUGAUAUGGGUUGCGGUGUGUAAUAUUCUUGCCUUCGUUUAAUCCCAUUUAAACCACAAGUUUGACGUCGACCACCACAUGAUGGAAUACGUACUAGUUUAUUUAAUGGCGAACUAAUCCCAUUUAAACCACAAGUUUGACGUCGACCACCACAUGAUGGAAUACGUACUAGUUUAUUUAAUGGCGAACACACUUAUAAUUUAACAUAUUUUGGACACGCAAUUCGAUCAUUGUAUACCGGUAAUAAAUUAAAUCUACGCAGCUAAUGUGUUUUGAUUGUUAUUUGUUUACAGUGGUAAACAAAUAACAAUCAAAACACAUUAGCUACGUAGAUUUAAUUUAUUCAUAAAUUGUGAUCGAAAUACAUAAAUUAGUUUUAGCGUGCUAGUGGAAAAAAACUACAACAUAUACCGCAAAAACAAAGAAACGAAUUCAUUAACAAAAUAAUGAAAUCAUCUAUUUUUUUUAGCUCGUUUUAUAACUAUUUUUAGAACACAUAUCUUACUUUAUCAUUUUCGAUAAGCCGCUGUUACCAUGGAAGGUUUGCCUUCAGACAUUUUCAACCAAAGUAAGUACAGUUCAGGUUACAGAAUACAACUUGACAAUUUUAAAGACUGAUUUAUAGAAAAUAACACCACAUUUCAAGAACUUUCGACACUUUUUACGUUAUUAAUUGGACAGCGAGCGUUUAAUGUUCAAAGAUGGUAUCACAAAGGAAUAACAUUUGGCAAAGGCAUCAUGACAUACAAUUGACCAUUUGUAAAUUAAACGGAAUUCAAACACAAAUUUAUCGCGUGUGAACACUUUCGACGAUUUUAAGGAGUAUUACAUGCUAUAUAAUAACACUUUAUCCGCUUAAACUGAAGAACAUAGCACAAAUUAAUGAUGAAUGGUGUGGUCAUAUCUUUUCGGUAUAUAUUUAGCCUUAAAGUUUGCACAUAACUAUAAAUUUUGCAUGCAUCGGAUUAAAAACCAAAAUGUUUUAAUUCAGUCCAUGAGUCCUAGUAGGACUUACUCAGAAUAUACUAGAAACAAAUAAUUUGGCAAAUACAAUGAUAUGCGACUCAGACAAAUGCACGUUCUGUCAGACAGAAACAUGACCACCUGUUUUGGAACUGUAAUGCCAUACAAGUUUCAUUACAUCAUAUCACUUCUGAUAUUAAACAUUUAUAGUGAAUUUCGUCAUUUUUUAAUUGUCUUGAAAUAUAACGCUUUUUUUAUCUGUGUAGACGAAAAACCCAUUUAAGUCGUAGUCUACAAAGUAACUGCAUGCUAGCAUUUGCGCAGUUAUAAAAAAAAUCAUUUUUCAAGCACGUGUUAAGUGGGAAUAUAGUGAAUUAUUUUGUUCUAUUGACUAACCUCCCUAUCUAUUUGUUUAUGUUUAUUGUCAUAAUUGUUAUAAACUUGUCUUGCAUGAUCGUUACAUGAUUGCUUGUACUGUAUUUAAGGUUUAUUUAAUUGAUGCUUUAUUUUUAAUGUUUUGCAUAUUGGCGAAUAAAUGUUAUUUACCGCCCCCCCCCC